UUGCAGUGCAUGGGGAAAUUGUGUUUUGACGUGAAGAAGCGAAACCUAGACCGGAGGAAAAAAUGAUUAUUGACCAGCUGGGAUAGUCGGAUAACAGGAAUCGGGUCUAUGUGUGCUGGCAAUGAAAGCUUGUGUACUUGUAAAGCUAUAAAACAUUUGGAGUUUAAUGUGAUGCCUUUGCCUGAGUCUGAGAAUCGUAAAGUAAAACUGUAAAGUAAAAGGUUGUUUUAACCAUUUUUAAUCUCAUCGUGGCAGAGUUUUCUCAGUUUGUGUGGGCCACGGAAUGUACCACGUAGGGGGCUUGUCCUGCGUUUAAUUUCAUAUAGUCGUUUGGUUCCAAAGCCUGAAGUUGGGAGUUAAUGGGAGCCAUUGGUGGUGGAUGAGGGAGAUGGUUGAGAUUGCCGUUGCUGUUUGUCUGCCUCCUUUUCCCUAUUCUCCCGAUGUGGUUACAAUGUUUAGUAGUAUAAUGUGUUACAGAGUAAUGAUUUAAAGGCGGGUCCACAGGUCUUGCAACUUGGGAAGAUCUUUCCUUUCCGUAGAACUAGCAUCCCCGUUGGAGUUGGAUGAUGAUGUGAGGCAGUACUGGAUAAGUACUUGGACUUUAGGUGGAGCAGCAGCAAAGCACUUUCGUCCUGGUCCCUAUGGACACAAACCAGUGUAAGACGUUCACCUUAGUGCUGUCCACGGACUUAUUUUAUGUUGUGCCAGACACGGCUUUUGCGUUUUGGCCUAAACAUUUAUGCACUUUGCUUCUUUUCCAUACGUGUUUAAGGCUGGCUAGUUGGCUGAAUUAAAAGCAAGACAAGUCUGUAGCGUAGCAGAAUGGUGGAGAAACGUAGUUUCUUACAGCAAGACGCUGUGUAUGCUUGGUUUUCUGAUUUGAGUUCUUCCCAAAGGGUGGAAUUUCUGUGUGGGCUGUUGGAUCUUUGUAUCCCACUGGAACUGCGCUUUAUUGGCACUUGUCUGGAAGACUUGGCAAGGAAAGACUACAAUUCUCUUCGGGAUUCGGAAAUUAAAGCCAAUAAUCCAGCCGACUUGUCUAGUCUCACCAAUAUAACUGAUGAAGUUGUACGUAGUAAACUGUUGGUAACCCUGGCUUUGCUUACCUCAAACAAUAGGGAGGCAGCAAGAGUUCUUUACCGGACACUCACUCACAUUGAUUCUGUGAUUAACAAUUAUGGUCUUCAGCUAGAUGGCAGGACAGGAGACGAGUUCCUUUUACUGUUCACCAUGGCGUCUAACCAUCCUGCCUUUACUUUCCACCAAAAGCAGGUGCUAAGACAAGAGCUGGCACACAUUCAAGGUCUUCUGAACAGUACCAGUAAUACUAAUAAUGUAACUUUAGCUACCUGCACAGCGCCUGUGACUACUGUCAGCACUAAAAACAAUAGCAUUUGCUGCAGUCCUGUUGUCAGCUGUCAAGGCUGCCACAUGGUCUCACAGAGAGUGGAGGCUGUAAAUGGCAGUGUCAGUGGUAAUGGUUUAGAGAGUGCAGUGCAUACAUCAGCACAUUCCUUUGAGGAGUUGUCACCAAAGAGAUUUCCUGGAAAACACUCUAGAGUUGUCAAUGUUGAAAGAGUAGAACUGAAACGAGUGUCAAAAGAUGAAAAGGCUGUGGAGUGUUUAUUAGAGAUCUUUUGGUCAGAUUCAUCAGUGUCAUCUGUAACUAAAUCUCUUCAGGAGCUGACUGACUUUCUAGUGAAGCUUUCAAAGGUUUUCCCAGAAGAUGCUGAAAAAUUCAUUCCUCACCUAGCUGGUGCAAAUUCCAGUUUCCUGCAGGAGAGAAACAUUGAUGACCUGGAAAUGGAUCUUAGGUCUUUAGCUUCAUUACCUUCCCAUAUAUUGAAAAGUGACCACAUAAAGAAAUUCUUUAGUCAGCCUCUUAAGCACUUAAAUUCCAGCUCUCCUUGCUUACAUAAAACCAAUGUUAUCACAGCUGCUACUGUCAGGCCAAUAUGUAUACAGUCUACUCAAAGCAGCAACAUACAGCUAGCAGUAUCAUCUCCUUCGGCACAAUGCCCAGGAUCAUUCCCAGUCAGUACCAGCAUUUCUUUGUCCUGUAGAGCACGAGGUGAAAUGGCCUCUUUUCCUUCAGCCUCCAUAUCAAUACCAGUGUCUUCCUGUUCUCAAACAAUACAAAACCAAGAACAGACUGGGAUCCUAGACUGGCUUCGGAAAUUGAGAUUACAUAAGUACUACCCUGUUUUCCAGCAACUCAGUAUGGAGAAGUUUCUGAGCCUAACUGAAGAAGAUUUGGACAAGUUUGAAUCACUAACCACAGGUGCAAAGAAAAAACUAAAAACACAGUUGGAACUUGAAAAGUAAUGCAGUUUUUGUUUUCUAUUUCUUUCUUUUACACAUGGGAAAUAAGUGGAUGAAUUUAUACUGCUGAUGCUUCAUAUUCAGUUAUUUGCUUUCAGAUAAAGUGAUGCUAUCUAUCUUAUUAAAAUGCAGUGAAAUUUUGUAUAUUUAUAAGAUAUGCUUUGCUGUAAAGUGUUUUAAGUUUGUAUUCACUAGAUCCAUUGGUUGCACAUUUAUAGAAAGAUUUCUUGUAGACAGUUAAGUAGACUGUUUUUUUCUUCCAGGUGGAAUAUAUGUAGGAAUCUUUGUAUUGCUGUUAAGGUCAAAUUUUGUCUGCCAUUGUCAUGGAUUUUGACUGAAAAGGGUCUCAAGAC